AAUACAUAUUCACUAGAUGAAUAACAACAGAACAAAGAACAUUGAAAAAGUGUUUAAAUAAAUAUCAUUAAUUAUCUCAAAUUAUUUUGCUAAAUAAAAGCCAUCCUUACAAAUUGUUAAAAUUCCAUAAAUGUGUAAUAAAAUAAACAUCGUGAAUUAGAAAGUUGAAUGAAAAUCCAAAUAAUACGCGUGUGUAAAAACAAGUGACUUACAGUCAGUCAAGUAUAAAUGAAUUAAUUCGACUAUAAUUGGCUAAGUUGAUUAAAGUUGACUGGUUCAUACAAAUUUUCAAAUCAUCACAGUCGGCUCUUUUGGGACGUUAGUCUUCUGAUUGCAAAGUUGACUAUAUUCGUCUUUUUUGUUCAAAGCAAUCACAUACAGACCGUCCGAACGUUCCAAAUUAGCCGGCUGACUGAGUCAGACAAUAUUUUACACAAGAGAUUGUCAAGCACCGUCGAUUAUGUAUAGUAACGAAAAAAUGUCAUCGCCAUCUGACGAUACCGACGAUUUAAUGAUUGAUCCCAUGACUGAAGAGCUACGGAACAUAGAAUCUGUGAUUAUUGUAACCAGCCGUAAUAUCGAUGCACUAAAUGCAAAAUUUGCCAACAGACAGGAUCCACCGCCCAUGUAUAUUUCCGAAUAUCAGGAGCUUACUUCACGAUUACAUGAACUCGAAGAGAAGAAACUUGAGCUCAGCGAAAAAAUGCAGCAAAAUGAAUCACCUGAACCACCAGAAGAACAGUUAUUAUUUGAGGUGCGAAACAAUAUUGAAACAUUGAGUAGACAACCGAAAAUAUUUUUACGUGCUCAUUUGCCAAAUCAGCAAAGAACAUCUGUUCAAGUGAUUCCCGGUCUUCGAUUGCGAGAUGCAUUGAGUAAAGCAUUAAAACGACGUAAUUUAACAUGUGAAAUGUGUGAGGUAACAACUCUUAGUCGAGACAAACCAAUUCAUUGGGAUACCGAUAUCAGUUUAAUACGUGCCGAAGAGGUCUACGUUAAGGUCACUGAUAAAUGUCCAAUUAUGACACACAUUUCUCAUCAGUUCGUACGAAAAACAUUCUUUUCGUUAGCGUUUUGUGAGUGUUGUCGUCGUUUAUUAUUCACUGGCUUCUAUUGUACACAAUGCAAUUAUCGAUUCCAUCAAAGAUGCGCUGACAAAGUUCCUCCAUUGUGUCAUCAAAUACACAUGGAUAGUUACUAUCAAUUGUUAUUAUCUCAAAAUCCUGACUGUGGUAUACGAAAUGUAAAUGGAUUAGGUUUAGGUGAUCAAGAAAGACAUCCCCGAUCUCUAAAUCAACAAGAUCGAUCAAAUUCAGCGCCUAAUGUGUGUAUAAAUAAUGUUAAAACAUCGUCUGACCAGUCGAGACUUCUUCAAUUGACAAGAGGACCCAUGGAUUUCACUCAGUCAAGUCAAGAACAUUCACAUUCAACACAAGCAUCACCCACUAAUACGUUAAAACAUGUGAAACGUCAGCGAGCACGUUCGGCUGACGAAAGCAAUAAAAAUCUUUUAUCUCCACGUGAGCAAAAACCGACUGAUGAAAACUGGAACAUUCAAGCAGAGGAGAUUCUUAUGGGACCUCGUAUAGGAUCAGGUAGUUUUGGAACUGUGUACCGAGCUCAUUGGCAUGGACCGGUUGCCGUAAAGAUUUUGAAAGUAAAAACACCGAGUCCUGCUCACUUGCAGGCAUUCAAAAAUGAGGUUGCAAUGCUGAAAAAGACGCGCCACUGUAACAUUUUAUUGUUCAUGGGAUGCGUUAGUAAGCCAUCGUUAGCAAUUGUAACUCAAUGGUGUGACGGCAGUACCCUGUUUAAACAUAUUCACGUGAACGAGUCACGGUUCGAACUGAAUACAUUGAUUGACAUUGCACGUCAAGUGGCUCAAGGAAUGGAUUACUUACAUGCCAAAAAUAUCAUACAUCGUGAUCUCAAGAGUUACAACAUUUUCUUACACGAAGAUUUAUCGGUAAAAAUCGGUGAUUUCGGGCUUGCAACUGCAAAGGCUCGCUGGUCUGGGGAACAACAAUCUGAAUAUCCAACAGGCAGUUUAAUUUGGAUGGCACCAGAAGUGAUACGAAUGCGAGAAUCAAAUCCAUACUCAUUUCAAAGUGAUGUUUAUGCUUUUGGAAUUGUGAUGUAUGAAUUGCUAACUCUUCAACUACCCUACAAUCAUAUAAAUAACAAAGAUGAGAUUUUGUUGAAAGUUGGUCGUGGUGUUCUGCGACCCGAUUUAACGAAAGUGCGAUCAGACUGUCCACAAGCGCUGAAACGUUUGGCAGAAGACUGUAUGAAAUUAAAUCGCGAUGAAAGGCCAUUAUUCCGUCUGAUUUUAAAUAUGCUGGAAACAAUGCUUCGAACUUUGCCAAAAAUUCACAGAAGUGCCAGCGAACCCACGCUGCAAACUCAAUUACACAGUGACGAAUUUUUGUAUAGUUGUUCCAGUCCAAAAACGCCCGUUAAUUUCCAUUGUUUUCAGUAUUUUGGUGGAGCCAUUUAAAGUUAAAAUGGUUCUAGCACAACAUAUACAUUGUAUUUCUCAACUAGAGCAUAAUAACCAAUAAUUCUAAUUUAUUUAUAGAAAUAUCUUGUCAUAACAUAAUUUUAUUCAUGUAAAUAAAUCAGCAAAACAUUCAUCAAAAAAAAACGGCACCUAU